GGCGGGACUUGGCUGGGCCUUAACUCUAUCCGCCGUCUCCGACCGGUUUCAGGGCGAAGCUGCCAUGCGUUCCGGGGGCCGCGGGCGGCCCCGGCUCCGGGUCGGGGAACGCGGCCUUUUGGAGCGACCCUCACCGCCCAAGCGCCGCCUGCUACCGCGGGCACAGCUAUUGCCCCUACUGCUGCUGGCUCUGACGGUAGCCUCGGUGUUCUAUACCAUUUGGAGCAGCUGGCAUAGCCAGACUGAAGAGCUGCCGCUGGGCCGGGAGCUGCGGGGCCCUUUGAUCGGAAGCCUCCCCGAAGCUCGGGUGCGGAGGGUAGUGGGGCAACUGGACCCUCAGCGUCUCUGGAACACUUUCCUGCGCCCUCUGCUGGUUGUGCGGACUCCGGGCAGCCCUGGCAAUCUCCAAGUCAGAAAGUUCCUGGAGGCUACGUUGCGGACACUUUCAGCAGGCUGGCAUAUAGAACUAGACCCCUUCACUGCCUCCACACCCCUGGGGCCAUUGGACUUCGGCAAUGUGGUGGCCACGCUGGACCCAGGGGCUGCCCGCCACCUUACCCUUGCCUGCCAUUACGACUCCAAGCUCUUCCCAUCUGGCUCAGCCCCCUUUGUGGGGGCCACGGAUUCGGCAGUGCCUUGCUCCCUGCUACUGGAGCUGGCCCAGGCCCUCGACCAAGAGCUGGGCAAAGCCAAGGAGAGGGCAGCCCCAGUGACCUUGCAGCUGCUCUUCCUGGAUGGCGAAGAGGCACUGAAGGAGUGGGGACCCAAGGACUCACUUUAUGGCUCCCGGCACCUGGCCCAGCUCAUGGAGUCUACACCCCACGGCCCGGGCUCCACCAGGAUCCAGGCUAUUGACCUCUUUAUGCUUCUUGAUCUCCUGGGAGCCCCCAACCCGACCUUCUACAGUCACUUCCCUCGCACGGCCCGCUGGUUCCAUCGGCUCAGGAGCAUUGAGAAGCGCCUGCACCGACUGAACCUACUGCAGUCUCAUCCUUGGGAAGUGAUGUACUUCCAGACCGGGGAGCCCCCUGUCUCUGUGGAAGAUGACCACAUCCCCUUCCUCCGCCGAGAUUAAGAAUCUGAGUUUCAGAGAAAUCAGUUGCUGAAGAUCACAGCUGGACAUGUUCAUUGCAUGUGUCUAGGUAUUUGUUUCUAUUUAUUUAUCCUGCCUAUGAUUCACUGUGUGUACCCAUCUUUUUAUCAGUCUGGAAUUUGCAAUCAUUGUUUUUACAUACUAUCAUUGCACCAUUUCAUUUUCUCUUCUGAUUCUAGGAUGCCAGUUAAAUGUGCUAGACUUCCUCUAUCCUCUAUAACUUUACAUUUUUUUUCUUUUUGGUCCCUGUGCCACUUUUUCAGACCUUGCUCUAGCUGAAUAACUUUUUCAUUGUGUCUAAUUUGUUUAGCCUAGUCAUUGACUUUUUACUUUUGGUUACUGUAUACCUUUGUGGGUUUUUUCCUUUCAUUCUGGCUAGGCCAUUAUUCAGGUCUGGGUUCCCUGCAUGUAUUUCCAAGCUCUUUUUUUUCUUCUAAUCUGUGACUGAUGGUUCCACCACCUGCAGCCUUUGUGGGUCUGUUUUUGCUCUGUGGCCACUGUUGCUUCUUGUUUCUGCUUCUUUAUUUCCAUGUGUGUUUGGUUAUUUGACUCUUACUGCUCAUUGUCUAAAAAACUGUUGGUGGGGAUUGUAGGUGUCAGCUCCUCCCACCAGAGGAUUUUUUUUGUUUGUUUCUGCUAGACAUCUCAGUACCCUGGAUCACAACAGGUGAUGAAAAACAGGCUGCAAACCCAAGCCAAGGGCCAGCCUGUGGCCACAGAUCCUCAGGGCUCAAUCCCCCCCGCCCCUUCCUUUAAUUUUGUGUUUUCUUCAGCAUUUAAAACACCUUCUCUGCAGUGUUCUGUGUCAGCCUUACCUGAGCUUGUAGUUUGGUGGGAUCCCAGCUCCUAUUACAUUCUUCACCUCAGGCAGGCUUUGACUUCUGCUCACCUGUCCCAAUAAGGCUACAAAUUGGAAACCCAGGGUUGUUUACAACGGCAAAUGCCCUCAGAGCAAAAGUGGUUUUAGGACCCCUAUGGACAUUUUCCUUAAAUUUUUGGCUUAGUAUAUCCAUAAUUGUGUUUUAUUGAUUAUUUGAGGCUUUUCAGAUUUUACUUCCUGUUUUCAGCAGGAGAGUCCAAAUAACCCGGCCUUCUCUUUAUAGGAAUCCAAAAUUCCACAAAACCAAGCCAAGUUAUAAAUCCAGGUCUCUUUGAUUCUAAAAUAUUAAAUAACCAUUCUGACAUAUCCUCAUCUCUGGAAAUUGAUUCCUUGAUAAGAAUGUCAGAGACUGUUAGCCACUGCUCAAUAUCCAUUUCCCCCUCUUCUGUUAGUUAAUAAUUAUCUGAAUAUCUUAAAACUUUUAUUACAGGGAUCUUUAUGAGUUUCUGGUUGGGCAUAAUGCAUCUGGCUAAGCGUCUGCAUUUCCCAGUCUCCCCUGCAGUCCUUCCAUGUGGCUAAAGUUCUGAUCAGUGAGCUGUGCAUAGAAGCAUGGUGUAGUAUUUGAGAGGAAGGAGACUCCCUUCCCCACAAAAUGGUAAUGGCUGGAGUUGUAGCAGCCAUGUUGGACCAUGAGGCUAAGGGCCAGAGGCAAAGAAUAAUGGAAUAGUGGGCUAGGAGGAGUCUGGGCCACCAAUGACUUCAGGGCCACCAUACCUGCCCAACACUGCGUUUCUAAAGAAAUAAAAGCUACCCUGUUUGAGUUUCUAUUGAUACUAUUUUGAGAUUUUUUAAUUCAAAUGGACACA